CUCCGUCCUGUAGUUCGCAGUGCCUUUCUUCGCGUCUGGUCCAUCUUUACUCCCUGGGAGUCGAGGAGGGGGGCGCGACGGCGGCCGUGAAGGGUCAGUGUAAGGCGUGGCUGUGUCCGCAGCCCGCGGAGAGGCCGUCGUAGGCUCGGAGCCCGGGACCGGCGGAUCUGGCGUGCACCUCGCCUCUCUCCGCCGCUGCGGACGCUCUCCCGGGAAGGAACUUGCAGUCUGCUCGGCCCCCUCUGCAGAAAAUCCCAAUCCGCCUUCAGCCUUCCAGAUUAGUCGGUCUUCCAGAACAGAACUCCGCCGCUCUGCAUCGCCCUGCAGCCGCCGCCUCCUCUGCACCACCCCUGAUUGUGGAGCUCGGGAACUCUUUGUCAGGGACUCAGACUCUGUUCUUGAAGAAAAGAUAAAGGUAGAGAAGAUGGUGGCUGAUUGUCUGACCAAUUGUUACCAGGUCUCGGUGACUUUUGAUGAUGUGGCUGUGGACUUCACCCAAGAAGAAUGGAUUUUAUUGGAUCAGGCUCACAGAGACCUCUACAGAGAGGUGAUGCUGGAGAACUACCAGAACCUGGCCUCAGCAGGAUGCGAGGUCAUCAAACCCAGUCUGAUCUCCUGGCUGGAAGAAGAGGAUUUGCAUAGAGAAGAUCUGCAAGAAUGGGAAAUGCCACUUGGCACCAAAGAGUCAACACUGCGUCAGUUUUUGGGGGGACAGACUCCCAGUGGAAUACAACCAGUCAGAAGCCACAGUGCAAGAGAACUCUGUUACUAUGUACAGUGUGGAGAGAUCUUCAGUGAGCAUUCAUAUUUCAAGACAGAAGUGAAAACUCACAGCACUUGCUACACUGAACAUCUUACUCACUCGGGUCAGGACGCCUCUGUUCAAAUGCACACCAUCAAAACGUAUCCGUGUAAGAUCUGUGGAAGAGCCUUUGGACGUUCUUCAAAUCUUAAUAGACACUUACGAAGUCACACCGGAGAAAAACCCUAUGAAUGUAAGGAAUGUGGGAAAGCCUUCACUACCUACUCGAGGCUAGUGGAACAUUUUAGAACUCAUACUGGAGAGAAACCAUAUAAAUGCAAGGAUUGUGGGAAAGCCUUUGCUAAGCGCUCAGGCCUUAUAACACAUAUAUCAACUCAUGCUUCAGAAAAACCCUUUGCGUGUAAAGAGUGUGGGAAGGCCUUUGCUUCCUCCCCACGCCUUAGUCAACAUGUAAGAAUUCACAGUGGAGAGAGACCUUACAUAUGUAAGGAGUGUGGAAGAGCCUUCCUGACUUCCUCGUACCUACGGAACCACAUAGGAAGAACUCACAGUGGAGAGAGGCCCUAUAUAUGUGGGGAAUGUGGGAAAGCCUUUCAUUCUUACUCGAAUCUCCGUAGACAUGUGAGAACUCACAGUGGAGAGAGACCCUAUAUAUGCAAGGAGUGUGGAAAAGCCUUCCUCAAUUCCUCAUACCUACAUAACCAUAUAAGAAAAACUCACAGUGGAGAGAUGCCUCAUAUAUGUGGGGAAUGUGGGAAAGUCUUCCAUGCUUCCUCAUACCUGCGUAGGCACUUGAGAACGCACAGUGGAGAGAGACCGUGCAUAUGUAAGGAGUGUGGGAAAGCCUUCCUCAACUCCUCGUACUUACGCAAACAUCUAACCAUUCAUACUGGAGACAAGCCCUACGAGUGUAAAGAAUGUGGGAAAGCCUACCGUAGGUACAAUCUGCUGCAUGACCAUUUAAAAACCCACACGGUGGAAAAACCAUUUGAAUGUGAUGUAUGUGGGAAGUCCUUUCAGUAUUUUUCGUACCUUACUAAACACAUUCGUAUUCACACCGGAACAAAACCCUAUAAGUGUAAGUAUUGUGGCAAAGAUUUCACUACUUCCUCAAGCCGAACUGAACAUAUCCGAACUCACACUGGGGAGAGGCCCUAUGAGUGUACGGAAUGUGAGAAAACCUUCACUUCAUCCUCGAACCUCAUCCAUCAUGGAAAAAUCCACACUAGAGAGAAACCUUUCGCUGAGAAUGUAGGGAAGGCUACAGCAGAUUUCACCUACUAACCGAACACUAGUACCUCAUGGUGAAUAGAAUCACUUCAGGUAGGAAGAAUGUCAAAUAUCCUUAGUCCCUUGUAUCUUGAUUUCAUCAGACUGGAACUUACCCUAUUAAGAAACCAGUGUGGAACAGCCCCAAUUAUGACAGUUUACUUUGGAAACAUAAAAGAACCCAUACUCAAGAUGCCCCAUGAAUUAAGGAAAGAAAUACUAAAGCCCACAUUAUUUCCUAGGAACUUAUUAAACAUGUGAGACUUUGCAGUAAAGGGAAAUACACUGAUAUAAGACAUACAGAAGGCUGUAGUCCUGCUAAGUACUUUUAAUUCAUUAGUUCCAGCAGUUGAGAAAACUUUUUGAAAGUAAGGAAUGUUAGAAAGUCACAUAAACUUAAUCCUCAGUGUUUAGUAAAAAUCAUAAUUCAUACCCAAGAGAAGUCAGCUAUCUGGAAAUUCUGUCUGUGUGCCCUGAAAUGUGGGAUUGCUGGCAGCAGUAAGGCCUGUUGGAUGCUGCUGUUUAUUUUGAACUUUCGAUGUCUGUCCUGAUAGCCCUAGAGUGAUAUGUUUUCUUUCCUCUAAGCAACACCGUUUCAUCUUGGUUGUUACAACUUCUGGGUAGCAAGCUGGUGAUAAGACUUGUGGAAUAUAAACAUUGUUUUAGUGUAGAUUCUCUAGUUGGCUUAUACUAUUAAACAUGCUAGCUUAUAAUAACUUCCAGCAACUGCAUUUCAUAAUACGGUUCUCAUGGUCUUUAGAAUGUCCUUGUUCUUUCACAACUUUUAGGUAAAAGGUGAUAUAAAUAAAUAGCUAAGCAAACAGACUAGCAAAGCUUUUUACCCGAACACAUUAGGCUGUGAAUCUAUAGAUGGCUCAGUCUUCAGUGAGGCCAGAGCCCUUGUGACCUUGCACAUCUCACACUGAACACUGCAGCCCUGGGGACCAAGCCAUCGGUAUGUGAAUUUCAGAUACAAUCAUAAUACAAUCCCUCCCAGGUUCUGGUAAGUCCUCAAGAUUACAAAUAGCUCAAGUGCUUGGGAGCAUGUAUUUUAUAGUCAUUUUAAAUUCGUGGUGGUUUUCUAUGUGUGUGUGUGUGUGUGGUGGGAAUGGAAUAGGUGUACGUGUUACAGUGCACAUAUGGAGAUCAGAAGACAGUUUGCAGGAAUCUGCUCAAUUCUUCCACCAUGUGGGUCCCAGGGAUAGAACUCAGGCUGUCAGGCACAGCUUGGCAAGCACCUUUCCUCACUGAGCCAUCGCACCGGCCCACAGUUUUCAUAUUCAAAGCAAUCAGAGGCUGAAGAGGUGGCCGUGUGGUUCAGAAUACUUGCUGCUAGUCCAGAGGACCAGAGUUCUGUUCCCAGCACUCACACUGAGAUGUUCACAACUGCCUGUAACUGGAGCCCCAGGGGAUCAGGCUCCUUCUUGUGGUCCCUGGAUACUCAUGUGCAAGUACACAUACAGACACAUGAAUAAUGAAGUCUUUGUAAAAAGAAAAUCAAUCUAGAGUCCUGAACCCUAUUCUUCUCUGGGAACACACCCAACCUAUAUGUCCCAUAUCCUAAAUCAGUCUAGAUCAAAGAAAGCUGAAGAGAAAUAGAGACAUCGUCUAUAUUCUUACUCAUUAGAUUUAUUCAAAAUGAUUGAUCUUAAAAAAUUUUUUCCAGCCAUACUUUUUCUUCUUGGUGGAAAUUUCAGUAAUAUUGUGCCUAAUACUUCUUUGCUUGCUUACAUCCUCGCCUCCUUCACUCUGUUUUUGCCUCUAUAGGUCUGGAUGGUGUGUCAUUCUGCGCCCUUGCUCAGUGCAAUGCAUAAGAAACUUCAGUUAAUCAGGCACCAGUAUGGCUUCUCAUAGAUGCUCAUGGCAACCAUCUCUUCAUAGUUGAUAUUCUCUGUGUUGUUUGGUGUGCUUUGGGCAGUGCCUGGGGUAUAGCUGCCACUCUACUGCACUUUUGUUGUUGUUUUGGUUUGUUUUUCAAGACAGGUUUCACCGUUUAGCGCUGGCUAUGCUGGAACUCCCUUUGUAGUCCAGGCUGGCCUCGAACUCACAGAGAUCCACCUGCCUCUGCCUCCUGAGUGCUGGGAUUAAAGGCGUGCACCACUACCGCCCAGCAUCGUGCAUUUUGAUUUUGUGGAAGGCAACACUUUCAUGGUUUAUAACAGAAGACAACUUGCAGUAGGCAGUUCCACCAUACGCAUUCCAGGGAUCCAGCUCAGAUGUUGUCAUGCUAAGCAGCACAUGUCCUUGCUGAGCCAUCUUGCUGUUCCCUUUAUGUUUUUAAUUUAAGACUUAGACAACUUGAAUUACUUCAUAAUUGUAGGGUUUUGUUUUGUUUUCUAUUUGGUUGGGUUUUUUGUUGUUGUUUGGUUCUCUUUCUUGUUAUUGACAGUCAAUCUACGACUGAGCUAUGUCCCUAGCUCCACAUUUCCCCACCACACACCCUUCUUCUUUCUUUCUUUCUUUCUUUCUUUCUUUCUUUCUUUCUUUCUUUUUUUUUUUUGGUUUUUCAAGACAAGGUUUUGCUGUAGUUUUAGAGCCUGUCCUGGAACUAGCUGGCCUCAAACUCACAGAGCUUCUCCUGCCUCUGCCUCCCGAGUGCUGGGAUUAAAGGCGUCAUGUGCCACCACUGCCUAGCCACACACACCUUUCUGAUAAUAUGGUCUUGCUCUGUAGUCCAUCCAGACUGUCCUGGAACUCAUUUUGUCUACUGUCAGCCUCCAAUGUGCAAGGAGUAAACCACAUCAUUUAAAAUUUUGGAGGUGCAGUGGGGGGUGCUGUAGGAGUUUCCAUCUUAGAGGUUUUUAUUCUUGUGGUCAUAUAUUUUUUCCUAUUUUCUAAUUAAAAAUAGAUAUUUUGGGGGGCUGGAGAGAUGGCUCAGAGGUUAAGAACACUGGCUGUUCUUCCAGAGGUCCUGAGUUCAAUUCCCAGCAACCACAUGGUUGCUCACAACCAUCUGUAAUGAGAUCUGGUGCCCUCUUCUGGCCUUCAAGCAUACACACAGAAAGAAUAUUGUAUACAUAAUUAAUAAAUCUUUAAAAAAAGAAAAUAGAUAUUUCUCAUACAUUAUAUUCUAAUUAAGGUUUUCCUCCCCCAACUCUUCCCAGAUCCUCCCCCUCCUUCCCUCUCACUCAGAUAGAGGUAGUGGCAUGUGCCUUUAAUCUCAGUACUCAGGAUCUUUGUGAGUUUGAGACCAGCCUAGUCUACGUAACGAGUUUCAGGACAAAUUUACAUAUUGGGACCCUGUCUCAAACUAAACAACCCCCUCAAAGGCACUAAGAAGUAACAGUAAAAUAAGAUGUAAGCAAACCAACAUUCAGAAGAGAAGGAGCUAAAGAAAGGCACAAGAAGCAGAUGCAGAGCAACACACCCACACACAUAGAAAGCCAUACAAACACAAAGUUGGGAACCAAUAUAUAUGCAGAGAGCUUUAAGAUGGGACAAAAACUACCCUCCAAUAGUGCCAUUGGGUUUUGUGUUGGCCAUCUACUGCUGGGCAUGGAGCCUGCCCUUAAGAGUGUUUUGUUUGCCCAGUGGGACUCCAUUGGAGAGAACUAUUUCUUCCUUUGGCGUGGUUAUCAAUUGGAAACAGCUUCUGUUUUAGAGAUGGGGGCCUGUGUCCACUUAGCCUUUCACCACUGGACAGAUGCAGUCUGGUUUAGACCUAUGCAGGCCCUGUGCAUGCUGCCACAGUCUCUGGUUUAUGUGUGUGUCAGUCCUGCUGUGUUUAGAAGGCCUUGAUUCCUUAGUGUUCUUCAGUCCCCCAGGGGAGGUAUUUGAUGGAGACAUUCCAUUUAGGACUGAGUAUUCCAGGGUCUCUCCCUCUCCGCACAUUCUCCAGUUGUGGGUCUCUGUGUUUGCUUCCAUCAGCUGUGUGAUCUCUGAUGAUGACUGAGCAAGAUACUGAUCUUUAAGUAUGACAGAAUGUUGCUAGGAGUCGUUUUAUUGCUACAUUCCUUUUGCAGAACAGUAGAAUUUGGUCUUCAUGCAAGUCCAUGGUCUAUCUAAUCUCAAGUUCUUGGCCACCUGAGCAGUGUUGGGGAUGGAUUCCAUCUCAUGGAGGAGGCCUUCAAUCUAGUCAGAUAGUGGUUGACUAGUUCCACAAGCUUUGUCUGCUAUUAUACCAGUGUACAUUGCCAAAGGUCACCAUUGUAGACUCAAGUGUUUAUAGCUGGGUUGGUGGUUACCUUUCUGCUUUGGUAGGAUGCAGAGUUACCUUCCAGUACCAGGAAACUAGUCAGUAGGAAUGAGGGCUCUAAGUAGGCACCAGCUCAACUUCACUAUGUUCGAUGAGUUAUAUAGAUGUUUUCAGCAACAAAGCUGAAACCAUCUGUUUCUCGAGAGCAAACAAUAGCUUUGGCAAUAGUCUGGGUUGUUUGGGGUUUCCAUGAAGCCAUUGGCAACAACUUGAUUAGAUGUUCCCCAUUCUCAGAGCUUGAAGUUUCAUUUAGUGACAAGAGAUUUCGAGUUACAACUUUGUCUCCCCAGUUAUUUGGUGAUUCCAUUCAUGUAUAUGAAGAUAAGAUGUGUGUGUGUGUGUGUGUGUGUGUGUGUGUGUGUACACAGAGAGAUGUGAAGAUAAGAUAGGGAGUUUCUACUGUAUUAGUUUUCUAUAUGACCUCUCAAAUUGCCAUUAGUUUUAGCUGUCUGUUUAGUUUGGGUUUCUUUAGCUGUGAAGAGACACCCUGACCACGGCAACUCUUAAAAAGGAAAACAGUUCAUUGGGUGGCUUACAGUUCAGAGGUUCAGGUCAUUAUCAUCAUGGUUGGACAUGGCAGUGUGCAGCUAGAUAAGACACAGUGUUGGAUAAGGAACUGAGAAGUCUGUAUCUUUGAUCCACAGGCAACAGGAAGUGAACUGUCUCACUGGGCAUGGCUUGAGCAUAUAUGAGACCUCAAAGUCCGCCUCCACAGUGACACACUUCCUCUAAUAAGGCCAUAUCUACUCCAAUAAGUCACACCUUCGAACUGUGCCACUCCCUUUCGGGGCCAUCUCUUUCAAAACACCGGUCUCUCCCCAUAUUCCCCCCUUUACCCUGUUCUCCCUGUUCGAUCUCCCCGUUCCAGUUGCCUCCUUCCAUCUAUAACUAUCUAUCCUAUUUUCCUUCCCAUAGAGACCCUUGCGUUGUCCCCCUCACUAGUCCUUUCCUUCAUACUUAACCUCUCUGGGUCUUCGGAUUGUAGCUUGGUUUAUUUAACAGGCAAUGUCCAUAUAUAAGAUAACACAUACCUUAUUUAUCUUUCUGGGUCUGGGUUACUUCAGGACGAUUCACCUGCCAAUUUCAUGAUUUCAUGUUUAUUUUUUAUUGUUGUUUUAUUUUUAGCAGCUGAGUAAUAUUUCAUUGUGUAAGUGUUCCAUAUUUUCUUUAUCACAGUCUUCUGUGGAGGAACAUCUAAGUUGUUUCUAAUUUCUGGUGAUUAUGAAUAGGGCAGCAGUGAACAUGGAUGAGCAAGUGUCUCUGUAGAAGGGUGUAGAUACAGGCUUCUGAGAUAUGUCCAAGAUUGCUGUAGCUGGAUCUUGAGGUCCUUCUGUUCCCAGCUCUUGGGGAACUGCCACACUGAUUUCCAUGAGGCAGUACAAGUUUGCAUGUGAUAGUAUCUUAAGGGUUUCUUAAUUUGGGUAUCCCAAAUUUCUCCAACUAUUUCUGUGAUUUCAGAAGUUUUCUUGAUAACUUUAAAUGUGUCCUAUUGUAAUGCCUUUUAUACAUUGUUUUAAAAGAGUUUGAGGUUUUAUGUUUUUUUUUUUUUGAGGCAGUCUCUUAUUUGACAGGGUACCCCAGGAUGUCUCAAA